AUGGUUGCGCUUGGCUCAUGUGGACCGGGACCGAACGAGGCACGCAAUCUACAUCAAAUUAUGACGACACCAAUCACAUCAAAGCUAAUUGAGUUAUCAAGCGAUGGAGGCGUGCGGAUUUUUACUCCGCAUUGUCUUGGCGAUUUUUCUUGGUAUUUGUGUUUUUUCUUGCAGCUGCGAUGCUGCAAGCCCCUGCCCAGUGCGGGCUAUUCGUGUGUUCACACUCGAGGGUGUCAAAUGCGUUUGCAAGGACGCAUUUUAUGGCGAAAAGUGCCAGUUCCGAGGUAAGAUGAAAAAUUGUCCUUUUGGGCUGUUACUUUGGAAAGAAGAGUUCAAUAGUGACUUUAAAAACUACUUUUGUGCGAAAAACAAACGCUUUGAAAAUGUUUUCCUGUUUUCUAUAAGCGCGCACCGACAGAAAUACAAAACAGUAAUUUCUCUGAAUUAACGUUUCUAAAUAUGGAAAGAAAACUGCAAUACUAAAAUUGCGCGAUUUUCUCUGUUAGCUAGAAAUCAGACAUUCGUGGUUUUUAUGACGUUUAUUAAAAGCGCGCAAAUACAAAGUUUAUCUUAAUAAGCGAUUUUCCGAAAUUUGUUCAGCGCUUUUCGGCUUGUCUUGUCAAUAUCAAAAUGCUUUAUUACUUUUAUUUAGCACAAAAUUCGUUCGUCAUAAAUGCAACUUGGACAAGCGUUAAUCACGCUCGAGUUCAGUGGGAAGCUGAUGGAUUGCGAGUUGAAUCGUUCAAGAUUUUGAUUCGAAAAGUCAAGUACGACGCCCUCGGCUUACCCACAUAUAGCAAGUGGAAAGGAAGUUACGAAGAAGUGAAUAACAAAAUGAAAAACAACAGCGAAGAUGGUGUUGUGAAAGAAAUGUACGUCCAUUUAUUUCUGGACAAAACGUCCACAUCGGAAAUAAUUAUCAUCAAGAAUGAUGACAAAAAGAAAUCGGCGGCGAUUUUUAUUGACCCACCAAUGGCACGAGCUUUCGGUAAGCAAAGGAGAAGAAUGAGAACAAAAAUAGGACGACAACAAAACAGCAACAGCAUGAACAAAACAACAAACAAGAACAGGAACAACAGCAGCAGCAACAGCAACAGCAACAGCAACAGCAACAGCAACAACAACAACAACAACAACAACAACAACAAUGAAAACAAUACAAGUAACAGCUACAAAAAGAACAACAACAAGAAUGGUAAUGAAGAAUAA